AUGGGGCUUUACUUCCAUCCAUUCAAAAUGAAAUGGAAAUUCUUUUUAAUUUCUUGUGCUUUAUUCCUUUUGGCAUUGCACAUUCCAGCGCCUACAAGUGCUGAAACGACACCAUCUGAAACGUCUACGGGAAAUGCAGCGUCUUCAAGUACUGAGGCAUCUACAGGUUCUGAAGUAUCCACAGGUUCUGAAGUAUCUACAGGUUCUGAAGUUACCACAGGCUCUGAAGUAUCCACAGGUAAUGCAGCAUCAGCAAGCACUGCAGCAUCUAUAAGUACUGAAGCAUCAGCAAGCACUGCAGCAUCUAUAAGUACUGAAGCAUCAGCAAGCACUGCAGCAUCUACAACAUCUACAAGCACAACAGCUUCCCAAAGCACUGCAGCAUCUACAAGCACCACGGCUUCCCAAAGCACUGCAGCAUCUACAAGCACAACGGCUCCUCCAAGCACUGCAGCAUCUACAAGCACCACGGCUCCCCCAAGCACAGCAGCAUCUACAAGCACAACGGCUCCCCCGAGCACAGCAGCAUCCACAAGCACCACGGCUCCCCCAAGCACAGCAGCAUCUACAAGCACAACAGCUUCCCAAAGCACUGCAGCAUCUACAAGCACCACGGCUUCCCAAAGCACUGCAGCAUCUACAAGCACAACGGCUCCUCCAAGCACUGCAGCAUCUACAAGCACCACGGCUCCCCCAAGCACAGCAGCAUCCACAAGCACAACGGCUCCUCCAAGCACUGCAGCAUCUACAAGCACCACGGCUCCUCCAAGCACAGCAGCAUCUACAAGCACAACGGCUCCCCAAAGCACUGCAGCAUCCACAAGCACAACGGCUCCCCCAAGCACUGCAGCAUCCACAAGCACAACCGCUCCUCCAAGCACUGCAGCAUCUACAAGCACCACGGCUUCCCAAAGCACUGCAGCAACUACAAGCACAACGGCUCCUCCAAGCACUGCAGCAUCUACAAGCACAACCGCUCCUCCAAGCACUGCAGCAUCCACAAGCACAACGGCUCCUCCAAGCACUGCAGCAUCUACAAGCACCACGGCUCCUCCAAGCACUGCAGCAUCUACAAGCACAACGGCUCCCCCAAGCACUGCAGCAUCCACAAGCACAACGGCUCCCCCAAGCACUGCAGCAUCCACAAGCACAACCGCUCCUCCAAGCACUGCAGCAUCCACAAGCACAACGGCUCCCCCAAGCACAGCAGCAUCUACAACCACUGCAACUCCAACAACCACAACGGCUGAUCCUUGUGCAAGCAUUACAUGUCAAAAUGGUGGUCAAUGUGUUGUCACAAAGGGUAUUGCCGGAUGUGUUUGCAAUGCCAGUUUCUCUGGGCAACUUUGUCAGUUCGCUGUUCCUUACUACACCCAAUGGUCUGCAUAUGGCGCCUGUGACUCGUCUUGUGGGGAUGGUCUGCAGAAAAGAACACGUAACUGUACCGAUAUUACUGGAGCAAACAGAGGCCAGGACUGUGGAACUGACUUGGAAAACGAGAAAGCUUGCGUUGGUCUGCCAGAAUGCGUGGUAACUACUAACCCGUGCGAUGCGCCUGUUAACCCUUGUUUAUCAGACGGUGUUUCGCACACAUGUCGUCUGCAAUCUGGUGGAACCUUCAAAUGUAAAUGUAAAGAUGGUUAUGUCAACGAUGCUGCCGGAAAAUAUUGUGUCAAUGAAAACGAAUGUAAUAGGGUAAUCAAUGACUGCAAAGACCUCAACACAAAGACCCUGAAACAAGGCGUGGCGAGUUGCAAAGACACGGUUGGAAGUUAUGACUGCGUUUGUGCUAGUGGAUUCACAUAUAACAGUACAUCUAGAGUGUGUACUGACGUUGACGAGUGCAGCACAGGUGCCCACAACUGUGACAUCACCUCUCGAGCUACCUGUACGAACACACCUGGCAGUUUCACCUGCAGGUGUCUCGCUGGCUACCAAGGUGCUGGUACAACAGGAACGUGCAAAGAAAAUCGGCUGUUGAGUUUCACAGGACACUCCAAACUGUCUUCGUCUGCUAUAUACUCUGAUUAUUUAGCACCGAAUUUUGCGAUGAAAGUAGGGGGUUUCCUAUACCCUUCAUUUUAUUUCACCAGGGGAGGUUUGAUCCUUUUCACUACAGUGACCAGUGACACUAAGAGCUCAGGGGUGAGACGUCCCUUCACCAACCCCUCCAAGUUUGCUUUGGACCCUUCUUUCCAGGAAAAGGCCGCUUUUGCUCCCUGGUGGUCCAACCUUAUCACGGGCACUGAUGCAAAAAGUGGAGUUUAUUACAAGGAAUAUUCCUCAGAUGUUCCGAGCGAAAACACUGUAAUACAGGGAGAGAAGAGAGAUUUCUCUAGCAACUACGCCGGAUUCAGUAUGUCCUCUCCUAAGUAUAUGAUCAUUAUAACAUGGAACAAAAUGGAACUCAGCAAAAAUCCGAGAGCCAAUGCCGAGACUGUGACCCUCCAACUUGUCAUGAUAACCGACUAUGAGAACACCUAUGUCAAGGUCAUUUACAACGACAGAGAAAUGACUUGGGACGUCCUCAACUCAGUGGGCAACUACCCCGUUAGGAUUGGAGUUCUGAAACAAAACGAAACUGCCGAAGAGUAUCCCCAGUCCUACUUGAACCUUAUUUCAAGUCCGCAGGAUAAGAGCAAGAUAGAGAAGAUUGACGAAGUCAUUCCCACAGGCCUAACAGGGGAUGUCUCAUGGAAAAGGAAAGGGUUUUCAUAUUAUAAGAUUUCUGGAUCAGGGGGGAUUUCCUCUCACCCUGGCUUACAGUGUAGUUCCUUCCUUACUACUAAAAGAUCCCAGCUCAGCAAUCCAUUGUUCUCCGUUAAGACAGAUGAAGUCAGCAAAUGCCCACCAAGUCUUUUGCAAAAGACUGACUCUUUGGUGGCAUUCUCAGCUGCAGGAAUUCCUAGCUCCAUUAUAUGUUUUGGCAAAAGAAGUGCUUUGUCUAGCACAGCCAAGGAUGAACGAACCCCACGUUGCUGUUAUGACAGAAGUAACAAAGGUCUUAUCAUGGAAGCUACUAUUGCUAAAGGAUUUAACACGUACAUGAUUCGCAAGCCAAGUUCUGCUAUUCAAACAUCAGCAGAUCAAGCAUUCGACACAUGCUGCAAUGCUGAAAAUAGUUAUGCUUCAAAGUCAGACCAAUGCAGUGAAUAUCUAAAUGUUCUACCUGUGUGCUCCUCUGAGAACUUUAUAGCCAGUGGAGCAGGUGGCGCUUUGGGAGAUCCCCAUUUGACCUCCCUUGAUGGUUUGUCAUUUACCUUCAAUGGCCAUGGAGAGUUUGUAUUGUUGAAAGCAACUAAUGUCGAAGUUCAAGGCCGAUUUUCACCUCAGCGAAACGCUGCUGGAGUAAAGAGUGCAACUUUCAUCAGUGGAAUUGCUGGCCAACAGUCAAACCCUGCAAGUGCUAAAGUGGAAUUCAGAUUGGAUGCUAAUAGCAAUGAUACAGAAAUCCUCAUAAACGGAGUGCUCCAAAAUGUGGACUUAUCAUCAGGAGCAGCGGACUUUUUGGAGGUUACAGUGACGAAAGAAACCGAUAGCAAAGGUGUAUCUACAUGGAAGAUGAUCUUUUCUGGAGGAUUAACAGCUGGUGUACAGCUGACAAAUAAAAUGUUCCAGCUUGUGAUCUCGGCUUCGGCAAGCUACCGUACACAGUUUGAAGGUUUACUUGGAAAUUUCGAUGGCAAUUCAACAAAUGAUUUUAAAGCACCAAACGGGGAUAUAACACCGUCGAACUCUGUUGAGAGUGUUAUCUACACUUUUGGAAAACUGUGGCAAAACACUGAGAACAAUACUUUGUUUACGUAUGGAGGCAGUGCAAGUAAUGCUAACUGGACCAGUCACAUAGACACAUCGUAUACACCUGUGUUUUUCAAUGCUAAUUUGACCGUCAUGUUUCCCGAUCCAUCCAAACGAUCUACAGCCAUUUCUACGUGUAACAGUGGUAAAAGCACUGAUUCUGAUCCAGAAAAGCGCAAGGAAUGUUACUUUGACUUUAAGGUCACAGAAAAUGCUGCCCUUGCCGCUUCCACCUCCGAUACCAAAACGGCGCUGGCUGAAACACAGUCUGCUCUUGCAAAUUAUCCACCAGAAAUCAAGAACGGGAAUGUGACCAUUGAAGUCACUGUGGGUGGAAACUACUCCCUUGUGCUGAAUGCUGUGGAUGAAAAUGAAGGAGAUACAAUUUUUUUCUUGCUAAAUAGCGAUGCUCCUUCUGGAGUUACCGUCAACAAUGCCACAAAAACUCUAACCUGGGUUGGAGUUCCGGACAGUAAUUCAAUGAGUAUCAAGAUCACUGUGUCCGACGGAAAAGCCCAGUCUCUGUGGACACCAAAGAUCAAACUUUGUAAAUGCAAGAAUGGUGCUACAUGUGGGUUUGGCGUGGAGAGCAGUGAGCAGUUCUUUAUUGUCCCUUGUACCUGUGUGAAAGGAUAUGACGGUACCUACUGUGAGAAUGAUGAGGAUGGGUGCGCUUCUAGACCGUGCUGGCCCGGGGUGGACUGUACUGAUGUUCUUGCUAGGGACCUCAGUACGACUCCUGCAGGAUUUACCUGUGGAUCGUGUCCAUCUCAUCUUGAUGGAGAUGGAAUCACUUGCUCGGACAAAGAUGAGUGUGUUGUCAAUAAACCUCCGCCUUGUCAACAGAAAUGUACAAACAUUGCUAACGGAUACACGUGUUCUUGUAACGCUGGCUAUGUACUGGGAAGUGAUUUAAGCAGCUGUGUUGAUAACGAUGAAUGUCAGCUUAAAACAGACAACUGUGAUAAAGCGACCACAACCUGUACCAAUACCGUCGGUUCAUUCACUUGUGAAUGCAAAAAGGGUUACACUAGGGAGUCCGCAACUCAGUGCACUGAUAUCAAUGAAUGUGAUAAAAAUCCUUGCCCUGCAAACUCAAGAUGUCAGAACACAGUGGGCAGUUACACGUGUACAUGUAACUAUGGUUACCAGCUAAAUACACAGUCCAAUCAGUGCGAAGAUAAGGAUGAAUGUGCAGGAUCCAACAAUUGUCAACAAAGGUGUAUUGAUGGUGUGGGUACUUACACUUGUGGCUGUAAUACUGGAUAUCGCCUGAACGAAACUGACCUUAUUAGUUGUUUGCCUGAAAACGAGUGUACUGCUCAACAAAAGGCGACUUGUGAUGGCGGUAACCCUCGAACGUCCUGUGCUGUGCUGAAAGGUGACGUCUAUUGCACCUGUCCCUCGGGGUUUGCCCUAAAUGCAACAAAAUAUUGCAUCGAUAUUGACGAAUGCGCUACCAACGUCGAUAUCUGUGUCGACUCAAAAAGUGACUGCGUGAACAAAGAGGGAGGCUAUAGAUGUCAGUGUAAAGCUGGCUACAAAAACCAGGGAGACUUUGCUUGUGCAGAUAUUGAUGAGUGUACGUCUGGUAACAACUGUACGAGUCCUGCUACAUGUAGUAAUACUGAUGGAAGCUACGCUUGUGUGUGCCCCAGUGGGUAUACCAAAUCUGGUCAAUAUGGCUGCUCAGAUAUUAACGAAUGUGCGUCGUCCGCCACCCAUAAUUGUGACAAGCAGUAUGGAACCUGUAGCAAUACCCCCGGUGGAUAUGGAUGUUCCUGUAACAAAGGAUUCACUGGAAAUGGCUAUGUUUGUGCGGAUUUGAAUGAGUGUGCUACAAAAAACAACUGCACCCAAAAAUGCUCCAACGCUAUAGGAAGUUAUACUUGUUCUUGUUUCGAAGGCUACACGCUAGCUGCUGACGGGCUUACGUGUAAUGAUAAUAAUGAAUGUACUGAUUCGGCUGCCAAUGGUUGCUUCAGCAAUGCGUACUGUACCAACACUCAGGGAAGUUACACCUGCUCUUGUCCCUCUGAUUAUAUUUUGAAAGGAGACGGAAAAACGUGUGAAUCCAAAUUCAAGUGUGCCGAAAAUCAUGGAUGUAGUCAUACGUGUGGACGAGUCAACAUGGUCGACACGUGUUCCUGUCCAACUGGAAUGGAACUGGAUAAUACCAACAAAACUUGUGUUGAUAAAAAUGAGUGCGCUUCACCAGACACAAACAAAUGUAAACUUGUAAAUAACGUUGUUUGUGCCGACACCAAUGGUUCCUAUGUAUGUAACUGCGUAAACAGCUCUUACGUCAAAUCCCAGGAAUCGGCCUGCGUUGAUGCCAACGAGUGUAUAUUGAAAACUGCAGAAUGUCCAGCCAAUUCUCAGUGUAUUAAUCUUGACCCGGGGUACACGUGUCAGUGUUCAUCGGGUUACCAGAAAAAUGGAUCCCUUUGCCAGGAUAUCAAUGAAUGUGACGGAGCAAAUGAUUGCAACUCCAAAUUGGGUGUCUGCAACAAUAACGCAGGAGGAUACUCGUGUUCUUGCAAAACAGGGUAUUCUGGAGAUGGACGAACAUGUGUAGAUGUGGAUGAAUGUACUCUAAAUACACAUAACUGCGACAGUAGGAGUGACAGAAGGAUAUGUACUAACACACCUGGUAGUUUUGUAUGUAGCUGUCGAAGCGGUUACCAAAUAGCUGCAGAUGGUCGAACUUGCAACGAUGUGGAUGAGUGUACCGGUAGCCACGGAUGUGGACAGUUAUGUAAGAAUCUCCCUGGUGGUUUUGAGUGCCAAUGUCAACAGGGCUAUAGACUUGAAGCUGACCAAAAGACCUGUGUUGCGGAGGCUGAGUGCGACUCUGCAAAGAAGAAGACAUGUCAAAAUGAGCUAUGUGCAAAAGUGGAUGGAACACAAACCUGCCAGUGUCCUCCUGGAUUCGUGCUUGACACAAACGGAACAUCCUGUAAUGACACAAACGAGUGUCUUGCAUCUCCUUGUUAUAAAACCAACAGUCGUUGUGAGAAUACAGUCGGAAGUUAUAACUGCUCAUGUAUCAAUGGCUUUAUACUGGGACCUAACAAUGUCUGCAAAGAUCGAAACGGUGGGCUUUCUUCAUGGACGGUAUGGGGUAAUUGUACCAAACCAUGCGGCUCUGGAACAUCAACUCGAACGCGAGCGUGUGACAACCCUUCCAAGGAAGGAUUCGGGGCUGACUGUGUCGGGGAGCGUUCACAGAGUAAACCAUGUAAUACACAGGAUUGUCCAACGACGACGACGCAGGCACCAACCACCCAGCCUCCAACUACCUCCACAACACGCCCAACUAUUGUUACUGGACCUAUCACAACAUCGGUUUUCAAUUCCUCGCAACCGGCAAGCAACGUUACACAGCCGCCAACCUCCAAUCCCAGUACCGAUUCCUCGGAACCGGCAAGCAACGUUUCACAGUCGCCAAAUACCAAGCCCACUAUACCAACUACCACUACCACUAGCAGUCCCACCACUACCACUCCAAAUCUUUGUGAUGGCUUCACCUGUCAAAAUGGCGGAGCCUGUGUUGUCAUUGAUGGCGGCCCUCGAUGUCAAUGCAAUGCCAGCUAUACAGGAAAUGUUUGUCAAUACGCUGUUCCUUACUACACCCAGUGGUCAGCAUAUGGGCCCUGUGACUCGUCUUGUGGGGAUGGUCUGCAGAAAAGAAUACGAACCUGUACUGAUAUCACUGGAGCAAACAGAGGCCAGGACUGUGGAGCUGACUUGGAAAACGAGAAAGCUUGCGUUGGUCUGCCAGAAUGCGUGGUAACUUCUAACCCGUGCGAUGCGCCUGUAAACCCUUGUUUAUCUGACGGUGUUUCGCACACAUGUCGUCUCCAAGCUGGUGGAACCUUCAAAUGUAAAUGUAAAGAUGGUUUUGUCAACGAUGCUGCCGGGAAAUAUUGUGUCAAUGAAAACGAAUGCAAUAGGGUAAAUAAUGACUGCAAAGACGUAAACACAAAAACUUGGAAACAAGGUGUAACUGGUUGCAAAGACACGGUUGGAAGCUAUGACUGCGUUUGUGCUAGUGGAUUCACAUAUAAUAGUACAUCUAGAGUGUGUACCGAUGUGGACGAGUGCAGCACUGGCGCUAAUAACUGUGAUGUUUCAUCGCGUGCAACCUGUAAAAAUACACCCGGAAGUUUCAAUUGUACUUGUAAAUCUGGCUACACAGGUGAUGGUACCACAGGAAAAUGCAAAGUUAACAGAAUAAUAAGUUUUACCGGCCACUCAAAACUUGGUUCGUCAGAUAAAUAUUCGACAUAUUUCCAACCAAACUUUGCCAUGAAAGUAGGAAACUACCUGUAUCCGUCAUUCUAUUUCACCAGGGGAGGUUUAGUUCUGUUCACUACAGUGACUAGUGACACUGUAAGCUCAGGGGUGAGACGAUCCUUCACCAACCCCUCCAAAUUUAGCCUUGAUCCAACCUUCCAGGAAAAGGCUGCUUUUGCUCCUUGGUGGGCCAACCUUAUCACGGGCACUGAAGCAGAUAGUGGCGUUUAUUAUAAGGAAUUUUCCUCGGCUGUUCCGGGCGAAAAUACCGUGAUACAGACACAAAAGUCAGAUUUCUCAAGCAACUACGCCGGAUUCAGUAUGCCCUCUCCAAAGUAUAUGAUUAUCAUUACAUGGAACAAAAUGGAACUGAGUAAAAAUCCGAGAGCCAAUGCUGAGACUGUGACCUUCCAACUUGUCAUGAUAACCGACUAUGAGAACACCUAUGUCAAGGUCAUUUACAACGAUAGAGAAAUGACUUGGGACGUCCUGAGCUCAGUGGGCAACUACCCCGUUAGGAUUGGAGUUCUGAAACAAAACGAAACUGCCGAAGAAUACCCCCAAUCCUACUUGAAUCUUAUUUCAAAUCCGCAGGAUAAGAGCAAGAUAGAGAAGAUAGACGAAGUCAUUCCCACAGGUCUAAAAGGAGAUGUCUCAUGGAAAAGGAAAGGAUUUUCAUAUUAUAAGAUUUCUGGAUCAGCAUCGACCCAUCCUGGUUUAGUAUGCGAUACCUUCCUUUCUCAAAAGAGAGUUCAAAUGAGCAAUUCAUCGUUCUCGGUUAAGACAGAAGACGUCAGCAAAUGCCCGCCAAGUUUAUUGCAAAAGACCGACUCUUUGGCUACAAUUACAGCUGCAGGAAUUCCUAGUUCCAUCACAUGCUUUGCCAAGAGAAGUGCUUUGUCUAGCACAGCCAAGGACGAACGAACCCCGCGUUGUUGUUAUGACAAAAGCAACAAAGGUCUUAUUACUGAAGCUUCCCUUGCUAAAGGAUACAACACAUAUAUGAUUCGGAAGCCAAACUCCAGGGAACAAGGAUCAAUAGAUGGCGCAUACGUAACCUGUUGUAAUGCAGAAUAUAGUUUUGCCUCCAAGUCAGAUUUGUGCAGUGAAUUUCUUAAAAUGUUUCCCGUCUGUUCAUCGGAAAACUUUGUAGCAAGUGGAGCGGGUGGAGCCUUGGGAGAUCCCCAUUUGGCUUCUCUAGAUGGAUUGUCUUUUACCUUUAAUGGCCAUGGAGAGUUUGUAUUGUUGAAAGCAACUGAUGUCGAAGUACAAGGCCGAUUUUCACCUCAGCGAAACGCUGCUGGAGUAAAGAGUGCAACUUUCAUUAGUGGAAUUGCUGGCCAACAAUCUAGUCCUAGUAGUGACAAAGUGGAAUUCAGAUUAGCUGCAGAUGGCAAUACUACAGAAAUUCUGAGAAAUGGGGUCGUCGAUAACGUAGAUUUGUCAUCUAGACCAGCGGAUUGGAAAGAGGUUACUGUUAUCAAAGAGACAAAUAGCGCUAAAAUCUCUACAUGGAAGAUGAUCUUUUCUGGAGGGUUGACAGCUGGUGUACAGCUAACAAACGGAAUGUUCCAGCUAGUCAUUUCUGCUUCUUCCAGUUACCGCAGUCAGUUUGAAGGUCUCCUUGGAAAUUUUGACGGAAAUGUCACCAAUGACUUUAAGGGACCAAGAGGAAUCAUUACUGCCUCUGACGCAGAAGAAAGUAUCAUUUACAAUUACGGACAACUUUGGCAAAACACUAAGAACAAUUCUUUGUUUACGUAUGGAGGCAGUGCAAGUAACGCUGACUGGACCAGUCACGUAGACACAUCGUACACACCGGUGUUUUUCAAUGCUAAUUUGACCGUCAUGUUUCCUGAUCCAUCCAAACGAUCUACAGCCAUUUCUCUGUGUAACAGUGGCAAAAGCACUGAUUCUGAUCCAGAAAAGCGCAAGGAAUGUUACUUUGAUUUUAAGGUUACGGAGAACGCUGCUGUAGCUUCAUCAACCUCUAACACUAAGGCGGAACUGGCUGAAACACAGUCUACGCUAGCUAACUAUCCACCAGAAAUCAAAAAUGGCAAUGUGACCAUUGAAGUCUCAGUGGGUGGAAACUAUACCCUUGUUUUAAAUGCCAAGGAUCAGAAUGAGGGGGAUACAAUUUCUUUCUUUUUGAAUGACGAUGUUCCAUCUGGAGUCUCUAUUAGCAAUACCACAAAAACACUAACCUGGGUCGGAGUUCCGGACAGUAAUUCCAUGAGUAUCAAGGUCACCGUGUCCGACGGGAAAGCCCAGUCUCUAUGGACACCAAAGAUCAAACUUUGUAAAUGCCAGAAUGGUGCUAAAUGUGAGUUUGGCGUGGAGAGCACUGAGCAGUUCUUUAUCGUCCCUUGUACCUGUGUGAAAGGAUAUGACGGUACCUACUGUGAGAAUGAUGAGGAUGGGUGCGCUUCUAGACCGUGCUGGCCCGGGGUGGACUGUACUGAUGUCCUCGCUAGGGACCUCAGUAAAACCCCUGCUGGAUUUACCUGUGGAUCGUGUCCAUCUCAUUUGGAUGGUGAUGGAAUCACUUGUUCAGACAAAGAUGAGUGUGUUGUCAAUAAACCUCCGCCAUGUCAACAGAAAUGUACAAACAUUGCUAACGGAUACACGUGUUCUUGUAACGCUGGCUAUGUACUUGGAAGUGAUUUAAGCAGCUGUGUUGAUAACAAUGAAUGUCAGCUAAAGACAGACAACUGUGAUAAAGCGACCACAACCUGUACCAACACCGUCGGUUCAUUCUCAUGUGAAUGCAAAAAAGGUUACUCUAAAGAAUCAGCAUCUAAAUGUACAGACAUCAAUGAAUGUGAUAAAAAUCCUUGCCCUGCAAACUCAAGAUGUCAGAAUACAGUGGGCAGUUACACGUGUACAUGUAACUAUGGUUACCAGCUAAACACACAGUCCAAUCAGUGCGAAGACAAGGAUGAAUGUGCAGGAUCCAACAAUUGUCAACAAAAGUGCAUUGAUGGUGUGGGUACUUAUACUUGUGGCUGUAAUACUGGAUAUCGCUUGAACACCACCGACCUUAUUAGUUGUCUGCCUGAAAACGAGUGUACAGCUCAACAAAAGGCGACUUGUGACGGUGGCAACCCCCGCACUUCCUGCGCUGUUCUCAAUGGUGACGUCUACUGCACCUGUCCUUCGGGAUUUGCCCUUAAUGCAACAAAAUAUUGCAUAGAUAUUGACGAGUGCGCUACCAACGUCGAUAUUUGUGUCGACUCUCAAAGUGAUUGCGUGAACAGAGAGGGAGGCUAUAGAUGUCAGUGUAAAGCUGGCUACAAAAACCAGGGAGACUUUGCUUGUGCAGAUAUUGAUGAGUGUACGUCUAGUAACAAUUGUACGAGUCCUGCUACAUGUAGUAAUACCGUAGGAAGUUACACCUGUGUGUGUCCCAAUGGGUACACCAAAUCUACUCAGUUUAGCUGCACAGAUGUCAAUGAAUGUGCAUCGGCCGCCACCCAUGGUUGUGAUAAAGAGUAUGGAACGUGUACCAAUACACCCGGUGGUUAUACGUGUUCUUGCAACAAAGGAUUUACUGGAACUGGUUAUGUUUGUGCAGAUUUGAAUGAGUGUGCUACAAAAAACAACUGCACCCAAAAAUGCUCCAACGCUAUAGGAAGUUAUACUUGCUCAUGUUUUGAAGGCUAUACACUAGGCGGCGAUAGAUUUUCAUGUUCAGAUGUUAAUGAAUGCUCUGAUUCGGCCGCCAAUGGCUGCUACAACAAUGCGCACUGUACCAACACACAGGGAAGUUACACAUGCUCUUGUCCAGCUAAUUAUCGUCUUAAAGGAGACGGGAAGACUUGUGAAUCCAUUUUCAAAUGUGCGGAUAAUCAUGGAUGUAGUCAUACCUGUGGUAAAAUCAACUCGGUGGAUACUUGCUCAUGUCCCAGUGGAAUGGAGCUAGAUAGCACAAACAAAACUUGCGUUGAUACAAACGAGUGUGCUUCGUCAUCGACCAAUUUGUGUAAAGCAGCAAACUUCGUUGUUUGUGCUAACACCAACGGUUCCUAUGUAUGUAAUUGCGUCAAUAAUUCAUACGUCAAAUCCCAAGAGUCUGUUUGCGUAGAUGCCAAUGAGUGUAUAUUAAGAACAGCUAACUGUCCAGCAAACUCAGCGUGUGUAAAUCAAAAUCCGGGUUACGAAUGCCGAUGUUUAACAGGAUACCAAAAAGUGGGAUCUCUCUGCAUCGAUAUAAACGAAUGCAGUGGUUCCAACGACUGUCACCCUACCUUGGCCACCUGUAGCAAUAGCCCCGGGGGAUAUUCCUGUGCCUGCAAAGCAGGUUAUUCUGGAGAUGGCAGAACCUGUACAGAUGUAAAUGAAUGUACUCGAAAUACACAUAACUGCGACAGUAGGAGUGACAGAAGGACAUGUACUAACACACCUGGUAGUUUUACAUGUGGCUGCGUCAGUGGCUAUCAACUAGCAGGGGACCGUCGAACUUGCAACGAUGUGGACGAGUGUGCUGGAAGUAGUCAUGGGUGUUCACAGAUAUGUAAAAACACCGAUGGUGGCUUUGAAUGCAAAUGUCAGUCGGGAUAUAGACUAGAAGCCGACCAGAAGACCUGUGUCGUUGAGGCUGAGUGUGGAGCAGCCAAGAAAGCAACUUGUUUGAAUCAGAUGUGUGCCAAAGUAAACGGUACCGACACCUGCCAGUGUCCACCAGGAUAUGAGCUGGGCUCGGACGGCACGUCUUGUAACGACAUCAACGAAUGCCUUCAAUCCCCCUGUUAUGUAAACAACAGUCGCUGUGAGAAUACCCGAGGAGGUUAUAACUGCUCUUGUACCAAUGGUUAUAUACUAGGGGCAAAUAAUGUCUGCAAAGAUCGAAAUGGUGGACUUUCUCUUUGGGGUGCAUGGGGCAAUUGUUCCAAAUCUUGUGGAGGUGGUGUGCAAACAAGGACGAGGGCUUGUGAUAACCCUACCCGGGAAGGAUUUGGAGCUGACUGCGUUGGUGCACUUUCAAUGAAUCAAGCCUGCAAUCAAAAACUCUGUCCACCUAACGAGGUGGAGAAGAAUUAUGGAAUCCUUCUCCAGUUUAACGGACUACCAGUGGCGUAUUUCACAACACGAGUACAAGGCGAAUUCAGAACAACAGUUGCUAAUGGAAUAAACAACUACUGUAACACAAAUAACGGAAAUCUCAGGAAAUGUUGUAACAGCAAUUCUACCUACGUGCCCAAUACCUCAUCUCUUAAGCAAUUCACGAAUUUUGGUCAAAUCGCCAUUGGAACCGGUUUCCCGAGAGAACGAAAUGGAUUGACGCAGGUCAUGUUGGUUGUCAAAUCCGAUAAGGCCAAUGCCUUAUGCUCAGCCAGUAAGAAGCGAAAGAGGCGUGGAAUUUCUCUGGGGGGAAGUGAGACUGCUAUUCCGCAAAGCAUCCUAGCAGAUAUCAUGAAAGAUCCAUCUAUAUCUCAGGCUGUUGUGUCCAACAUAGUGAAUACAGUUAAAUCAGAAUCUAACGUUACACUGACCGUGGCAGCUGCUCCCAUUGCUCUGGUCACCAACGACACCAAUGAAGAGAUUCCAACUACAGAAGUUUCUACUGUAACAGUCCCUGCUACCACGGGUGGCAAUAUUGUUGUCACCAAGGAGGACAGUAAAGGAUGGGUGGCUGCCAUCGCUGCCAUCUUCUCUGUUAUUGGCGUCAUUGUUAUCUUAUUGCUUCUAUUUAUUUUGUUGUCAAGGAAGAACAUGAUUCCUGGAUUACCAGGAAGUGGAAAGAAAGGCAAGGAAGAGGAUGAGGAAAUAAAAAUGGAAGAAAGUGGCAAAGCAUCUGGAUCAGAUGAGAGUAAAGAAGAGGAGAAAAAGGAAGAAGAGGAACAAUCCGAGGAGGAGGAGAAGAAGGAGGAAGAGGAAAAAUCAGAAGAGGAAAAAUCAGAGGACAAAGAGGAAAAAGAGGAGAAAGAAGAAGACAAGGCAGAUGAGAAGGAAGAAGAGGAGGAGAAAAAGGAAGAGAAAGACGAUAAGGAAAAUGAUGAAUCGGAAGAGGACAUAGAAAAGAAAAAAGAAUCCUCUGAUGUCGUUCUAGGCGUAGCAACUGAUGAAACGGAAGGAGAGAAAGACAAGGAAGAAGAAGCAGAAGAUUGAUGAUGAUAGUGAUGAUGAUGAUGACAAUGAUGAUAAAGCAUUGUUUUAAAUACAGAAUGUGUCCUUUCAAUAAACAUUAUUUAAAUGUUCUUUUUGAGAGGCAGGUCUUGUAGAUGUUUGAAUAUUUUUUUCUAGCACAUUUCUUUUUAAUUUUCUGGAUGAGAGGGUUCAUUUCGGUUUUCUCAUCAAUUCGUGUUAGAAGAAAAAUUGAGUGUUCCAAGUUUGCCUCGUGACAAUCACACAUAAUGUACAUCCACUGAUGUUGAAUGAUACCUUAAUGAAAGUGACAAAGAGCAAGAUAUUAAUUAACGAAUGUACUCAUUCAUGCCCAAAAUUUACAAAUACCAUUUAAUAUAUAUAGUUAUGUACUAUUUAGAUGAAUACGUAAUCAUCUUGGAUUAAAUCUUCUAUGAGUCACAUUUUUCUCGUUCACAAAUAUAUUUACACGAAGGUGGAGUAUUUCAUUGAUCAUACCGGAUAAAGGUGGAACAAAUUGAGAAGUCUUAUAUUGACAUUCUGUCUUUAUUUGGUGUGUAUCUUUGAAUUAACUUCAGGUUAAAGUAUAUGUAAUGCGCAUUGUUUUCUGUGAUAUAUACCAAAUGAUUUUCAUUGACGAUUUAUAUUUAAAUAUUGCAUUUUUGUUAUUAAACUUUGAUUUUGAAUAA